AUGUCAAGGUCCGCGACACCUACUUUGCCUCUGCAUAAUGCACCAAACUCCGAGUCUCCACGGCCCUCCUCCACCACCCCGUUAGGGGUCCGGCCAGAUGCGCCUUCAUCAGUCUCAACUUCUACGUACUCGUGGCUCGAGCCCCACGAAACUGCCGAAAGAUUACACACAUCUCUAUUGCAUGGCCUGACUCCUGCAGAGGCAGAGGUACGCCUCGCACGGGAUGGACCCAACGAACUCCCUCAUGAAGAGCCCGAGCCCCUAUGGCUGCGUUUCCUUAAGCAGUUCAAGGAAACUCUCAUCCUCCUCCUCCUCUCCUCCGCCGGUAUAUCAUUCGUGAUGGGCAACUAUGAUGAUGCUGUGAGUAUCACUCUUGCAGUAACCAUUGUGGUCUCGGUCGGCUUUGUCCAGGAAUACCGGUCGGAAAAGUCCUUGGAGGCAUUGAACCGUCUUGUCCCGCAUUUCGCCCACCUCAUCCGCGAUGUUCCCUCCACGGCAAAUGCAGUUGCAGAGCCCUCCGCUGCUGGUGUGGAAUUGGAUGAAUUGAAGAUGAAGAGCCCCGGCGCAGCAUCCGCUGCCAUCAAGGCAUCCACGACGGUCCCUGCGGCUGAUUUGGUACCGGGUGAUCUGGUACUCUUUACCACUGGUGACCGCAUUCCUGCCGAUAUACGAAUCACUGCUGCAACGGAUCUCACAAUUGACGAAUCAAACUUGACCGGUGAAAACGAACCAGUCGUCAAGUUCUCUGCCGCACUUCAUAGCCAUCAUCACCACCAUCACGGCAACCUUCAGGUUCCAAAGGUCAUUAGUCCUCCUCGCUCGCCAUUUUACGACGCUCCCGCCUCCGGUGCUGUCGGUGCCGAUGUUCGCCUUAAUGAACAACACAAUAUUGCAUUCAUGGGCACACUCGUUCGCUCCGGGUAUGGCCAGGGUAUUGUCAUAUCUACUGGAGCAAAGACGGAGUUUGGAAGCAUUUCGGCUUCGUUGCAGGAGAUCGAAAGCCCUCGGACUCCUCUGCAACUUUCCAUGGACCGCCUGGGUCAAGAGCUGAGUUAUAUCUCGUUCGGUGUUAUCGGCUUGAUCGUGGUUAUUGGCCUCUUGCAGGGGCGUAAGCUCCUCGAGAUGUUUACUAUCGGUGUUUCUCUCGCCGUUGCAGCCAUUCCCGAAGGUCUCCCUAUCAUUGUGACUGUCACCCUUGCGCUUGGUGUACUGCGUAUGGCCAAGCGAGGCGCUAUCAUGCGCCGGUUGCCUAGUGUUGAAACACUUGGCUCGGUCAACGUUGUUUGCAGUGACAAGACAGGCACUCUGACUAUGAACCAUAUGACUGUUACCAAGAUGUGGCAUUUUGAUAGUGACGAGCCCUUUGAGGUUCAGCGGGACGUGACCUCGGUCGUGUCACCUGGCCCUGCGGCGCGCACUAUCCUCCGCGUCGGUAAUAUCGCCAACAAUGCUCGUCUCUCUCGAACCCAUGCCAAUUCUCCGGCCAGUGCGUCCUCUGCCGCUGUUCUUUCGUCUACUCUCGACAGAAAUUCGACUGCUGUGAAGAGUCGUUGGGUCGGUCAGCCUACGGAUGUCGCUAUCUUAGAUUUAUUGGACGUGUUGGGAGAGGAUGAUGUCCGCGACCGAAUCAGCGCGCGUGUAUCUGAAACGCCUUUCAGUUCUGAAAGAAAGUGGAUGGGUGUUAUCAUUGGCACCCACAACCCCGGCGACUCCGAUGUCGCCUAUAUCAAGGGUGCGAUGGAACAGGUUUUGGCUCGUUCUGACACGUAUUUGACCAAGGACGGCCGCGAAGUUAUUCUCGACGAGCCCCGCCGGAAGGUCAUCCGUGAAUUCGCAGAGCAGAUGGCCAACGAGGGUCUCCGAGUUCUCGCUUUUGCCAGCGGGGCUGUCCGAAAUCCCUCUCGAGGCAUGAGAGGGUUUGGCAGCCGAUCUAGUACUCCUUCCUCCAAGUGUAGCAGUCCGGCUGAUGAUGAUGACCGCUACAAUGGAUUGACCUUUGCCGGUCUUGUCGGUAUGAACGACCCGCCACGCAAGGAUGUGCACAAGUCUAUCCGUCGUCUUAUGGCGGGCGGAGUCAGAGUUAUCAUGAUUACCGGUGACGCUGAGACUACGGCUGUCGCCAUUGCUAAGAAGCUUGGGAUGCCGGUUAGCGAGUCAGCAAAUUCUCGCUCGGUCAUUCGUGGUGAUGAGAUCGAUCAUAUGAGUACUGGCGAACUUGCCCAAGUCAUUGCAACCACCUCAAUCUUUGCCCGAACGAGUCCUGACCACAAAAUGAAGAUUGUGCGUGCACUCCAGUCUCGUGGGGACGUUGUCGCUAUGACUGGCGACGGUGUCAACGAUGCACCGGCUCUGAAGAAGGCUGAUAUCGGUAUUUCAAUGGGCAAACUUGGUACCGAUGUUGCCAAGGAGGCAGCCGAUAUGAUUCUGACUGAUGACGACUUUUCGACCAUUCUCCGGGCUAUCGAGCAGGGCAAGGGUAUCUUCUAUAACAUCCAAAACUUCAUCACCUUCCAGCUCAGUACCAGCGUGGCUGCUCUCAGUCUUGUAUUGCUGAGCACCACCCUCGGGUUCAAAAAUCCACUCAACGCCAUGCAGAUCUUGUGGAUUAAUAUUCUCAUGGACGGCCCUCCAGCCCAGUCGCUUGGUGUUGAGCCCGUUGACCCUUCGAUCAUGAACCGUCCUCCCCGCCCCAAGCACGCCCGUGUUCUUACCCGACCUCUCAUCCAGCGGGUUCUCACUUCCGCCCUGGUCAUCAUGCUCGGCACUCUCGCCAUCUACAUCCACGAGAUGGGCGACGCGACCGAUGGUCAGCCCCUCGGCAAGCGCUCCAGAGUGGUCACUGCCCAUGACACCACCAUGACCUUCACCUGCUUCGUCCUCUUCGACAUGUUCAACGCACUGACCUGCCGUAGCGAAGGCAAAUCCGUCCUGCGCGGUGAGCUGCCCCUCUUCGGCAAUAAAAUGUUCAACUAUGCCGUCCUGGGUUCGCUAGCCGGUCAGGCCUGCGUCAUCUACCUGCCUUUCCUCCAACGCAUCUUCCAGACCGAGGCGCUUAGCUUUGGAUCGCUAUUCAAGUUGGUCUGCCUCGCCAGCACGGUGUUCUGGGUUGAUGAGGGCCGCAAGUAUCUCCAUGCACUCCGUCGCCGACGCGGUCUGGGUGCCGGGUAUAGUGUGAAUGUAUAA